AAUAAAAGUGCUUGGAAAAAAUUCUUCAAGGUCAGAUUUCUUUCAAAAUCUAAGAAGUGAUCCCAGGUUUUUCUUUAAAACAAAAGAGGAUCUUCUAAAUGCUUACAAAGAUACUGUUGAUAACAUCAUUAGGCCGAAGCUUCCACUAGUUUUCAAGAACAUUCCUAAGGCCAAGUUAAUUGUUGUUCCAAUUCCUCUUGAACAUGUUGGUGGUACUAAGGCUUAUUAUCAAGGUUCACCUGAAGACAGUAGUAAACCGGGGAAGUUUUUCAUAAACGCUGUAGCACUGAACAUAACGCCGAAAUAUGAAAUGAUGACCCUCUCCCUCCAUGAAGGUGAACCUGGCCAUCAUCUCCAGAUUACCUACAAUAAGGAACAAAAAGAUAUACCUUCCUUCAGACGCUAUGUUGAGUACGGCAAAAUAUCAGACGUUCCUUCGCAUUUUCCAUUCUACACAGCUUUUAUUGAGGGUUGGGCUUUAUACAGUGAACAUUUGGGCAACGAACUUGGAUUGUUUGAAGAUCCAUAUUUUCGACUGGGACAUCUUUCAGAGGAAAUAUUCCGAGCUUGCAGACUUGUCGUCGACACUGGAAUCCAUGCUUUAGGAUGGAGUCGGGAUAAAGCCAUUAAUUAUAUGUUAGAAAACUCAGCUUCAACUAGACAAAACAUUGAGAACGAAAUUGAUCGCUACGUCACGUGGCCUGGCCAGGCUUGUGCAUACAAGAUAGGAGAAAUGAAAAUAAAAGAACUGAGAAAAAAGGCAGAAAAGGACCUUGGAAAGAACUUUGAUAUCAAAGAGUUUCACGAAGUCAUCCUAAAAAACCAGGGUCCACUAAAGAUUCUGGAAAAACAAGUGGAAAAGUACAUCCAGAAAAGCCAACACGAAAUGGGGCAUAGUUCCACUGGAUAUCCUUAUCGAUCAUGUCUGCCAUAUUUCAGCGUCGUGUUUUUUGUGUGGGCGUUUACGUAUAUUUCCUUCUAACGAUCUGUCACGUGACAGCUAUUUUGUUCUUUUGUUAUUAAUCAGAAAACUGGUUCAUGCUUUUUUUAAAGAGGAAUGAAACUUUUAUGUUAACACUGAAACGUAAAUGUUUGAAAUAUCUUACUAAAAUGGACGUAGUGUGUAUGUAUCUAUGUAUAUAACCAAAACGUCUGCGCCAUCCAUCGAUUGGCAUCACAAACAAAAAUCCAUAAAAAAUUCACAUUUUGGGUAUUCAAGGUUAAGUCAAUUUCAAAAAUAACUAUGGUAUAUGCACCAACCGUUUCUUCAUAAUAUAACACAAUUUUAAAUAAAAUACUCUUAUCAUAAUAAAAACACGACUUUCACCAGGACUGUACGUGAGAAUUUGAUUAUAUCUUUAAUGAUGUAAUUUUUAAACGUAGUACUAA